AGAAUUUUUAUUUUCGAAAUGCGGAUUUUCUCCCCUUUCAACUUUUUCCAAACUCUCCGGCAUUCAGAUAUUGACAAAUGAUAUAGAUUAUGAUGUUUUCUGAUUGAUCUGAGUUUGUUUUCUUCAAGCUCAAACAUGGCUUCAACUACAACAACAAAAUGUCCAUCACCUAUGAAAGCUACAUCUAAUGGAGUAUUCCAAGGGGAUAGUCCAUUGGACUAUGCACUUCCACUUGCCAUUGUACAAAUAUGUUUGGUGCUUGUACUCACUCGAGUCCUCGCCUUUAUUCUCAGUCCUCUAAGACAGCCUCGUGUCAUUGCUGAGAUUAUCGGAGGAAUUCUACUCGGUCCAUCUGCACUUGGUCGGAACCAGAAGUAUCUGAAUGCAAUAUUUCCACCAAGGAGCCUCACAGUAUUAGAUACUUUGGCAAACCUUGGCCUCCUCUUCUUUCUUUUCCUUGUUGGGAUCGAGUUAGAUCCAGGGUCUCUUCGUCGUACUGGAAAGAAAGCUCUUAUUAUUGCCCUUGCUGGAAUUAGCCUCCCUUUCACAUUAGGAAUAGGCACAUCAUGUGUUCUUAGAGGAACUAUUGCUAAAGGAGUUAGCCAAGGCCCUUUUCUAAUCUUUAUGGGAAUAUCCCUUUCCAUCACCGCCUUCCCUGUCUUGGCUCGGAUCCUGGCUGAACUCAAGCUUUUAACGACUGAUGUUGGUCAAAUGGCCAUGUCUGCUGCAGCAAUCAAUGAUGUGGCUGCUUGGAUUCUGCUUGAACUUGCUAUUUCCCUUUCAGGUGCUAGUAAUUCACCCCUUAUUUCAGUAUGGGUACUUUUGUGUGGGACUGGAUUCGUCUUGCUUUGCCUAGUCAUUGGUCCUCCGAUAUUCAACUGGAUGGAUAAACGUUGUGCUGAGGGUGAGCCGGUUGAUGAAUUGUACGUCUGCGCUACACUUGGAGCCGUGUUGGCUGCAGGAUUCAUUACUGACACUAUUGGUAUUCAUGCCCUAUUCGGGGCUUUUGUGAUUGGAGUACUUGUACCAAAGGAAGGGCCAUUUUCUGGUGCUCUGGUGGUAAAAGUUGAGGAUCUUGUAUCCGGUCUAUUCCUUCCGUUGUACUUCGUAUCGAGUGGACUAAAAACAAAUAUAGCUACUAUUCAAGGGGCACAAUCAUGGGGUCUUCUUGUUUUAGUCAUAUUUACAUCGUGUUUUGGGAAGAUCGUUGGCACUACUUUAGUCUCGCUCUUGUGCAAAAUGCCUGUUCAGGAGUCCGUGAUGCUUGGUUUCUUAAUGAACACUAAAGGCCUAGUGGAGCUAAUUGUCCUUAACAUUGGAAAAGACAGAGGGGUAUUGAAUGAUCAAACAUUUGCCAUUAUUGUUUUGAUGGCACUCUUCACAACAUUCAUUACAACACCUAUAGUAGUAUCAGUGUACAAGCCAGCUAAACUGGCUAUAACUGAAUACAAGCACAGAACGAUUGAGAGGAAAGACACGAGCAAACGACUCCGAAUCUUGACCUGUUUCCAUAGCACAAGGAGUCUUCCCACAAUGAUCAAUCUCAUUGAGGCUUCUCGUGGUACUGCAAAGAAAGGACUCCGCGUUUAUGCAAUGCACCUCAUGGAGCUUUCUGAAAGGUCUUCAGCAAUUCUAAUGGUCCACAAGGCUAGAAAGAAUGGACUGCCUUUUUGGAAAAAAAGAGAGGUUUCGGAUUCUAACCAAAUUGUUGUUGCUUUUGAGACUUUUGAGCAUCUUAGUAAGGUUUCUAUCCGACCUACAACUGCAAUCUCUCCCAUAAAUAGCAUGCACGAGGACAUCAUCGCCGGUGCUGAGGGAAAAAGGGUCGCCAUGAUAAUUCUCCCAUUCCAUAAACGACAGAGGAUCGAUGGACAUUUGGAAACCACAAGAGAUGAUCUUAGGCAUGUGAACCGGAGAGUUCUUCAGCAUGCACCUUGUUCAGUUGGUAUCUUGGUAGACCGAGGACUCGGUGGUGCAUCUCAUGUAUCUGCUAGCAAUGUUGAUUUUCAAGUAACCAUCUUGUUCUUCGGGGGUCAUGAUGAUCGUGAAGCACUUGCUUAUGGUACGCGUAUGGCAGAGCAUCCUGGCAUUAACUUACUCGUGGUUCGUUUCCUAGUGGACCCCGAGGUUGCUGGAGGGAGUGUCACCUUAGAUAUAGAUCAAACUUAUAGCCCCGAGGCUCAAUCCAAGGAUGAAGAGUUGCUUACCGACUUAAAACACAAAAUUUCCAAGAAUGAUUCAAUCAAAUAUGAAGAGAAGUUAGUAAAGGAUGCAGCUGGGACUACAGAACUAAUUCGUGCAUAUAAGCGAUGUAAUCUGUUUCUUGUUGGAAGAAUGUCUGAGGGUCAAGUAGUAUUAGCUUUGGACAAAAAGAGUGAUUGUCCAGAAUUAGGUCCUUUAGGUAACUUGUUAACUUGUCCCGAAUUUUCAACUACAGCAUCGGUUUUGGUGGUGCAACAGUAUCAAACCGAGUUAUCGCAAGAUUCAAUCAAUUCCUUAAAGGAUGGAGAGUUAACAGAAGGAAAUAGUGAUUCAGACUAAAAAAUACUAGGUAGGUUCAAAU